AUGAAUAACCUAAAUGGUUAUCAAAAUUAUGAUGAUCCAAAUAAUAUAAUAAAUACAAAUAUAAACUAUGAUCAAUCGAUAAAUAACAACAACAACAAUCACAAUAAUACAAAUAACAAUUCAUCAAUAAUAUAUCCCGGUUUAACACGAAGUAUAUCAUCUUCAUCUUCAACUGUACAUCCAAAUCAAUAUGAUCCAUCUUCGUCCAAUAUCAAUAUCAAUACCAAUACCGCAACAACAACUUCAGAUCCAUAUACCUACCUUCACUCUCAACUAGGUGCAUCAAGCUUACAUUCACAAUUGGGUGCAUCAAGCUUGAGAGGUAUAGUACCUAAUAUAAAACCUACUUCAUUCAACUCAAUCUUCAAUGAUGAUAACAAUGGAGGGAUCGAGUCUCAAUAUCAGAAUCCACAUCAGCAUCAGUCAGGUCCCACAAGAAUAUCUGGUAUAGCUAAAAAGAAAUCAGCUGCUAAAAGAGCAAAUCAUUUACUUGGCACGAGUGGAGAUGUUUUAGGCAAAAGUGGUGACUCGAGGAAGAAGAGGACGAAAAGAUCGUCAGGGAAAGCAUGUGUAUAUUGUCGAAGAAGUCAUAUGGUAUGUGAAGGUGGAAGGCCUUGUGAGAGAUGUAUCAAAAGAGAGAUUCCUCAUUUGUGUCGUGACUUCACACCCCCGCCUCAUCAGCCUCAUCAUUCUCAUUCGUACAAAUCGGAAACGAGUCUUCGAGAAGAUUCGCCUUCAAUUGACGAUAUCGGUGAAACAUCAACACAAGCUCAAUCUACUAUAAUACCGAGCAUCACUCCUCAGCCUCAGAUCCCCGUUUACCCAGAUACUACAUUCCCUCCAACUUGGCCGUUACUUCCCAAUCCAUCAAACCAGAUGCAAUUCAAUUCCGCUCCUUCACAACUCAACCAGCCUCUGGUGCAGACCCCUCCUGUCAAAGUAGAACCUGAUAUGACUGGCAAUGGUAACGCGGCGAUGCAAGCUCCUUCGUGGGGCACGUCACAAGACGAUUCGGAACUAGCAGCGUUGAACAAAUUCAUGCAAGACCUCGGUGUCCCUGCUCUUCCAGGAGACUUUUUCAGCUUUAUGAAUCAAGUCGAUGGAACCGAGGCAAACAAUUCGCUACAAGUUCCGUUUUCCGAUGAUACGGCUAAUGGCAGUUCAUUAUCAAUGGCUGAUUUCUCCAAUCAAUCUUUCCCUCAAGGGUCUGGAGGUUCAUUCGUAGUACCUGGAAAUGUCAAAGGGAAAGGAAAGGUAGUCCCAAUGUCUAGAAUCGAUAAAUUCAUGAUGGCUGCAGCUGAUCAACCUGAUGGAACUCGAGCUGCGAGAUUGGCUCAAGUCAUCAAAGCGAAAUAUGACGCAGGUCUAUUGAAGCCUUAUGACUAUGUCAAAGGGUACGAGAGGAUGAACAAGUGGAUGGAAUCAGGACGUGCAGCACCUAGAAUAGAGAGCAGGGCAGGUAGCGAGACUGAUUCUCCGAUAGGGCUAUCAAGGAAUGGAGGGCUAUCAAUCACCUCUAUGACACCUCAUCAGGCUCUAGGCAAAAGUAUAUCACCUGAUUCAAGAAGACGGAUAUUAGCUGCUUUAGCUGGAUUCAGACCUAAAUUCAGACAAAUAGCCCGUACUUUGACCAACGUAGAUUUGGUUUUCGUAGAAGAAGCUAUGGAAAGAUGGAUGUUGGAGUAUGAUAGAGCGUUUGCUUCCAUUCAUACACCUUCUUGUAUAUGGAGAAGAACGGGUGAAAUACAAAAAGCGAAUCAAGAAUUCUCCAAUUUGACUGGAAUCCCAGCUUCCAUGUUUCGAGAUGGUCAAUUGUGUGUUUACGAAUUGAUGGACGAAGAAAGCGCUGUGAGGUAUUGGGAAGGAUAUGCGAAGAUUGCAUUUGAUCAAAACCAAAGAUCAAUGUACAUUUCAUGUACUUUACAUAUACCAAUAUCGUUAACGAAACUGAAACCUAGACGUAUUCCGAUGUCCUCAUCGUCAAAUACACAUACACCUACAUUACAACAACAUUCAAAAUCAGCUCAAUCGAUACCUUUCACCCCUGAUUUGACUUUACCUCAAAGUGUUCUAUACAAUGAUGGGAAUAUGUCAAUGUCAGAAAAUGGAUUCUUGGAAGAAUUUAGAGAAUUAAAAUGUUGUUUUAGUGUAACUAUUAGAAGAGAUACUUGGGGUGUACCAGUUGCCAUUAUGGGUCAAUGGAUCCGGAGAAAAGAAGGAAUAAUGUAA